UUGGAAUGAAUCAAAUACCUCGGCUAUCAGAGGCUGUGUAUGUAGGACUGUGUCGUGAAGUAGGGAGUCCUACAGAAGUGAGGAUCAGGAGAGAAGUGAUGGACAUUGAUGAGGUUGUGAAUAAACCUAUUUAUAUCCUGCGGGGACUAGACAGAAUGUUGAGUGGAAGUAAACGUGAGGGAUUCAGAUUAAGGACUUCAGAUAUGGAUUGGAUGUUAUGGCCUCCAGACCACAAGGUUAUCUGUGAUCUCUCUCAGAUCAGUCUCUACCGUGUUCCACAACACACCGUGAUUCUGAUAGAGUGUGAUGAUCUACCACCGGGAUUUACCAGACUUAAUCUGAUUACUCCUUCAAAUGACGAAAUAGUCAGAUCAUCCUGUGUGUUUAUGAAUGGCAAAGUUUAUAUUUCUAGUGCAUUAUUCCGUGAUACCCAUGGACAAAGUCUCAAUUCCUGGUCUGGCCUCUCUUCUGUUCAUCAUGGACCGUGUUCUACAAAUAUACUUGGCCACGUUGAAGCUGACUAUGCUUUUUGUUUCCAAUCACAUCACUGGCCAACAUUAGCUCAACCAUGGAUACAUAGAUGUCGUCAAGAGGGUUGGCCAUCCGAAUUUGUUCUAUCGAAAAUAUUAAGCAGAGGAGUACACGUUGUUCCUAUCGGCAGCUCACCUGAAAAUGGGGAAGAAUGGAGAAUGUCAUUCUCACAAGCUGAACAAAUACGUGUUUACUCAAUGAAUCACUGUCAGUUUUUGUGUUACGGUCUUCUCAAAAUUUUUCUUAAAGAAGUAAUUAAUAUGCUUAAUAAUGCAACUACUCUAUGUUCAUAUUUCAUAAAAACAAUUGUAUUUUGGGUAAUUCAGAAUGAUGGUUCCCUAAUCUGGACACCUAAUAACUUGGUAUUUUAUUUCUGGAAAUGUUUUCAAUUAUUAUUACACUGGGUACACAUUGGGGAAUGUCCAAACUUUUUCAUUCCUCAAAACAACAUGUUUAGAGUGAAAGUAGUCGGUUCUGCACAAUCAUCACUAUUCAGUCAGUUGUAUGAUUUGUAUUGUAAGGGUAUAUCAUGUCUUUUAUUGAGUCAAACCCUUAGACCUUAUCUCAGUAAGGUUAUUUUAUACAGAACUAUUAGAGUUUGUACAGACGAGGACAGCUUCAUAUCUAGCACGGAGUUAGAAAUCAGUUUCUUUAAAGAACUAGAGACAGGUGUUCCUAUCCAUAGCAUUGAGGAAUUCCAAGUUUAUUUAAUAAACAUUAAGAACAUAAUUUUUGGAACCUUACUACCACAUCAGAAAGUUACCGUACAGUAUUUAACAACAGAUGUCUUACGUAGCGGCGCCUUCUUAAUUCAAAAUAAAAUUCUUCCAAAUAAAUAUCGCAAUAAGUUUUAUUACAAAGCAUAUAAAAUAUUAACGUUGCUUUUGGUAUCUUCCACGUUUGGUUGUGUGUCAGACAUUCUUUAUCAUGCUAUGUACUUUUACAGAGCACGUAGGUAUGAACUUUCACUCAGUAUUUUACAAAAAGCACGGGGGAGAAUGUCACUACAACAUGUUAUGUAUAGCACUAUAAAUGUAAAUAAGUACAGACAGUGCAUGGCUGGGUUGCCCCUGGAUAAAAUAAUAAGAAUAGCUGUAGUUAAAGAAAUAAAGUUACAAAAUCAGAACACUUACAUCGAUGAGGUAGUGUUAGAGCAGGUGAUCAGUAGGAAGAAUGGCAUGCCUGUAUUAUUGAUACCACCACUAGUGAUGUUAAACAUGUUGUUUAUACUGAAUCACCACAGACUGGGUGACACAGUCAGGUCACAACAAUCUCUAAAGGAUCUACAGACUCUGAUGCUCUAUGAUGACUGUGUAAAUGUACCAAAUGAUUUUAGAGAUAUUUCAUGGCAAAUACUUGGUAUCUGUCAACAAAUCUGUGGGGACUAUUUUGGAGCGUUGUAUUGCUAUCAAUCUUCGCUACGAGAAAGACCAUCACACAAGAUUCAGGACGCAACACUGUUAAGAUUGAGCACACUUCCCCGAACAGAGUUUUAACUAUUUUAAUUUAUUAUAUCAAAGUUAAAUGUGUAUUUAAGCUACUUUUCUUAAGGAUUCUUUUUUUUUUUAUUACAGACUUGAUGUAUAUUUGUGUUAUAUAUUUCUUCCAUUUUGAUAUUUCCAGAUUUUGACUUUAAAGACUGUCAGAUUAACUCGGAAAGU